AUGUAUGCCCCAGAAGAAACCCCUGUGAUAAAUAACAGUGACAGUGAAACAGAAAGUAUUUACAAUGAUGAAUCCACAAGAAUACUUCCACCGGAAGUUGAAGACACAAAGGAUUGCAUGAAAUCCAGACAUAUUCUUGGUAUACUAGGUUUCUUAGGAUUCGCCAAUGUUUAUGCCAUGAGGGUAAAUUUAUCUGUAGCAAUUGUAGCUAUGAUCAAUAGUACACAACCUGCACCCAGCAACAAUAGCUUUGAUCACUGUCCAGUACCAAACAAUACAAAUUCCUCAAGUACAAACACAAAUGGUGAAUUCAAUUGGGAUGAAAGCACCCAGAGCAUUGUUCUGGGCUCUUUCUUUUAUGGGUAUGUGCUAACUCAGGUUCCUGGUGGAAGGUUAGCUGAAAUAUUUGGCAGCAAAAGAGUUUAUGGAAUUGGGGUGCUAGUUACUUCAAUAUUCACUCUCCUCAGUCCAGUUGCUGCCAGAAUCAACUUCACUCUGUUCAUUAUUGUGAGAGUUCUUGAAGGAAUGGGUGAGGGAGUUACUUUCCCUGCAAUGCAUGCAAUGCUAGCAAGAUGGAUACCACCACUAGAAAGAAGUAAAUUUGCUGCUUAUGUAUAUGCUGGUACUAAUUUUGGAACCAUACUCUCUCUACCUUUGUCAGGAUGGUUAUGCUCUCUAGAAUUAGAUGGAGGUUGGCCCUUGAGUUUUUAUUUGUUUGGGAUAUUAGGUAUAGUUUGGUUCAUUUUUUGGAUGUUUUUGAUAUAUGAUUCUCCAUCCACACAUCCCAGAAUUGAUAGACAGGAGCAAUUGUAUAUUUUAGCUAGCAUAGGACCACAAGAUGAAGAUGACAAAACUCCAAUACCUUGGUGUAGCAUAAUAAAGUGUGUGCCCCUUUGGGCCAUACUGGUCACUCAAUGUGGUCAGUCUUGGGCCUUUUACACCCAAUUGACAGAGUUACCGACCUAUAUGGCACAAAUUUUACAUUUUGACAUCCAGUCUAAUGCAGUUCUUUCAGCUAUUCCAUAUCUCACUAGUUGGUGGUGUGGUAUUCUAGUGAGCAUUUUUGCGGAUUCAUUACUUAGCAGAGGAUAUUUAUCACCAUCCACUUCAUAUAAAUUAUUCAACACUGUUGCUUCAGUGAUCCCCUCGCUGGGCUUAUUGGGCGUGGCGUACGUGGGCUGCGACAGGAUGGGCGUGCAACUGCUGUUGGCGUUGACGGGCGCGUUCGGCGGCGCCGUUUACGCCGGCAACCAGAUGAACCACAUCGCGCUCAGCCCGAAGUACGCUGGCACCAUGUACGGCAUCACGAAUGCUGCGGCGAACAUCUGCGGCUUCCUGGCGCCCUACGUGAUCGGCUUGAUCAUCGAAGGAAGGGAAACAUUAGGUCAGUGGAGGAUGGUAUUUUAUCUAGCUGCAGGUAUCAACAUUGGUGCUAACUUAUUUUAUAUUGCAUUUGCAAGUGCAAGAGAACAAUCUUGGUCAGUAUCUCAAAGAAUGAGUACUAUCAACUGA